AUGGCACCGUUCGUCGCGACAGCCAGAGCACCUGUUAAAUGCCCGCAAUCAGAGAAUCGUCUUCCGGCAGACAAGCCUGCUCGAACAUCGUCCCGUCGCCAGUAUACAAUAGUCUCGUCCCAUUGCGCUAAGCGGGCAGGUCUGGGCCCCUCUGAAGCUAAUAGCGACACAUCGUCAUCCGGAAACGAUCGGAUUGUGACCGGGAAAGCUACAUUGCCUGAACCCGAAAUAGCCUAUGCACAAGCCUUUCACUACACCACCUGCCCUCAUGUCUCACCUCCAAAGUCUCGGCCUCUAAACGUACAGCCUACUCCGGUUCCGUAUCAUGAAGGUCUGCUGUUGCGCCGACCUCCGGACCUGCAAGGAUUCCGAAAUGACCCGGGGACUGCUCCGUCAGAUAUCUACGUACUUGAUGGAGCUUGUUUCGACUGUGACCUCUCAGCACGUCGCCAAGCCGAGUCAGGCAUUCUCGCAACGUACACUCGCAAGCUCGAAAACCUUACCAUUCAGUUGAGUUUGUUACAACACGAUAUUGCCGCCGAAGAUUCCGUGCCGCCAAUAGCCCGGGAGGAUGGUGCCUUGACCGCGUUCACUUUGCCCUCAACCUUAGAGCUGAGCACCGACGCGACUCAGAGUAUCCUGGAGAUCGAGGACCAGCUGAGCGGGCUGGUCAAGAAGCGCGACAAGGAUAUCAGGCAAGUCUGGAAUGGAUUCACGGCUCGCUGGGGUCCAGGAACAGUUCGGAUCCAAUGCGAUGAGAAUGGCAGCACCCGGGGCCGAGCCGAAAGCCUCUUAACGACGGGCACCUCCAGCUCGACAAACAGUUUUGGUGUUGUAUCCGCUAACACAACUCCUGAAGAAGUUUCGACGAUGACUUCCACAAUGUUUAACGGCGCGAACGACCUUGUUUCGCUGAGUCGACAAAGCAGCUUCACGCCCCACACAAGAGCGAGCUCCGUACAAGGACGGUAUUCAGAUGGUACCUAUAAUGUUAGUGUUGAGUCGUCAGUGGAUAGUGUCACGGGAAGAGGACGCAUGCUGGUUGACUGGAUUCGACCUGGACGCAGUGCGAGCAAGACAGGAGGCGGUACCCACCCUCCCAGUAGAAACGACAGUCUGCAAGGGAGACGGACUAACAACGGCGCCUGA